GUAAAUUGAAAAAUAACAGCAUCUUACGCUUGCUUAUUUAAUCAAUGCAUCUAGUUUACCAAAAGUUUGUUACUCGUGGACAGAUGAUAGAUAUCAACCAUCUUGGAAAUAAAGCAAGAAUUCAAAUUAGAGAUGUUUCUGCACAGCACAAUGCAUUUGUUUAUCAGGUGACACAAAUGACAAAGAUUACCAGUUUGAUAACUGCAACAGAUCCGGUCAAAGAAAAGCCAAACAGCAAAGUGAGUUAUGAAAACAUAGGUGGCCUCACCAAGCAGAUACAAGUCGUUCGAGAGAUGAUUGAAACUCCUCUGAAUAAUCCUGAACUCUUUGUGAGGUAUGGUCUGAAGCCCCCUAGAGGCUUGUUACUCUUUGGUCCACCUGGGACAGGAAAGACACUGAUCGCCCGUGCAGCAGCUCAAGAGGCAGGCGCUCAUUCGAUCAUUGUGAAUGGACCAGAAAUAGUAAGCAAGUUUUACGGAGAAACAGAACAAAAGCUACGAGACAUUUUUCAAGAAGCUAUCGCGCGCUCACCGACUAUUAUAUUUAUUGAUGAGAUUGAUUCACUCUGUCCAAAAAGAGAUGAAGCGCCGAGUGAGCUAGAGAAGAGAGUAGUCACUACUUUACUAACACUCAUGGAUGGCGCAAAUACUGAACAUAACCGUGUGGUUGUCAUUGGAGCUACAAAUAGACCUAAUGCAUUAGAUGAAGCGCUUCGUCGACCUGGUCGAUUUGACAGGGAAGUUGAGAUCGGUAUACCUACUAGCGAAGCAAGACACUCUAUCUUUAAAACCAUCAUGGCCAAGAUACCACACUCUUUGACAGAUUUAGAACUAGAGCAUCUGGCGCAGAGAUCACAUGGUUAUGUUGGUGCAGAUAUUGCUGCUGUUUGCCGAGAAGCUGGACUCAAGUGCAUUAAGCGAUGCAGCUCUAAACCUACAGAUAGCUUAAUAGUCAACUUUCAAGAUAUGAAAGAAGCUAUGAGUGAAAUAAGACCAAGUGCAAUGCGUGAGAUAAUGUUAGAGGUUCCAAAAGUGUAUUGGUCCGAUAUUGGUGGACAAGCAGACAUCAAACAGAGAUUGAAGGAAUCAAUCGAAUGGCCCUUACAACAUCCCGAAGCAUUUCAAAGACUUGGAAUUAGACCACCAAAAGGAAUUCUUCUAUAUGGGCCUCCAGGUUGUAGUAAGACUCUGAUGGCUAAGGCAUUAGCCACAGAGGCAAAUUCAAAUUUUAUUGCUGUUAAAGGUCCUGAGUUACUAAGUAAGUGGGUUGGUGAAUCUGAAAAAGCAGUACAUGAAGUAUUCAGAAAAGCAAGAGCCGCUUCACCAUCUAUUGUUUUCUUUGAUGAAAUUGAUGCAUUAACAGUUAAAAGAGGCGCCUCAGGAGAUGGUGGUGCUUCAGUUGCGGAUAGAGUGUUAUCUCAGUUGCUAAACGAGUUGGAUGGUAUUGAGCCCUUGGUGAAUGUAACUGUCGUGGCUGCGACUAACAGACCAGAUAUCAUUGACGAUGCUCUUUUACGUCCAGGAAGAAUCGAUAGAAUUCUCUAUGUUGGACCACCUGAUUAUGAUUCACGUAAAGAGAUAUUUAAAAUCCAGCUAAGUAAAAUGGCGUGUGCUUCAGAUGUAGACAUUGAAGAAAUUGCGGCAAAAAGUGAAGGAUGUUCAGGAGCUGAAGCUGUGGCAAUAUGUCAAGAAGCUGCCUUAAUAGCGAUGGAAGAGAAUAUUUAUAUUGAUUCGAUCAAGAUGAGGCAUUUUAGACAGGCAUUAGACACAUUUACUAGAGGCAUAACACCUGAAAUGCUUCAGUUUUAUGCGGACUAUCGAGAGAAAUCAGGCCUCCAGAGUAUUUAGCAAAGGAAAGAACUGUAAAAAAAUUAAACAACUUAAUGUACAUGCAAAAGAAGCCCUUUUCCUAUUUAAUGCCAAGACUGUUGAGCAAGGUUCAUUCAUUUGGAAAAAUGUUUCUAGUAUUUUGCAUAUAUUUUAUAAACAUUAGUGUUUCAGUCACCUUGAUUCAUACUUUUAGUAGUAAACAACUUUAUGUUGUGUAUAGUAGUAGUGAACAGUUUGGUAAUUUGAGUUGACUAAUUUUAGUUGCUUUGCGUAUCCAAGUAACCUUUAGCAUGC